AUGCUGAAAGCAAACGAUAAAAGUGACACAACAAGGAUACUGGACGAUGACUACAAGAUCCAUAUGCAGGAAUCGAAAAAACUAUUGAAACUCGACAAGUCGCAAAUAUGCAUUGAAUUUAAUGAUAUCUGUUAUUCAGUUCAUCACGGAUUUAAAGAAAUUGAGAAAACAAUUCUACAUGAUGUAACAGGACACUUUGAAACAAAAAAAGUCACGAUAAUUAUUGGUCCUUCUGGCGCAGGAAAAUCCACCCUGCUAAAAAUCAUAUCGGGCAAACGAUUAAAUGACGUUAAGGGUACCAUCACCGUAAACGGUGUUGAACGAAAUAGAGGAAUGUUUCGCAAACAGAUAUGCUAUGUGCCGCAACAAUACGAUUUAUUACCGUUCCUCACAACAAGAGAAACUCUUUAUAUAGCGGCACGAUUGAAACUCAAUGUUAAUCAGAGCAAACAAGCGAUUCAAUUAGUUGUGAACGAUAUUGUAAAGAACCUCGGCUUAUCAUCUUGUCUAAACACAUUGGCGAAUAAAUUGAGCGGUGGCGAACAGAAGAGACUCUCCAUCGGCGUAGAAAUGAUCACCAAACCAUCUGUUCUCUUAUUAGAUGAGCCAACAAGCGGUCUCGACAGUGUGACCUCUAAUCAACUUAUUAGCACGCUACAUGAUAUGGCGAGAGAAAAUUGCACUGUAGUUUGCGCGAUACAUCAACCCAGUAGUCAGAUAAUUUCGCUUUUCGAUAACAUUAUGGUACUCAGCCGAGGCAGAUGUAUGUACUGCGGUCCCAAGAGUGAGAUUUUAAACACGUACAGCAUUGCUGGAUUCACGUGUCCCAGCUUUUAUAAUAUAGCCGAAUAUGUGCUUGAAGUAAUAACCGAACAGAGAGGUGGAGAUUUAGAGAAUCUAUACAAGAUCUGUCGUGAUGAAUACGAAAAGUUCAAAUCAUGCAGUAAACGCAACAAAAAUGAGUCUCUAUACCAGAGUUUGUCCCUUAGAACAUAUAUGACAAAGGCCAUAGGUGAUUAUCUAUCAGUUAUGGGAAUUUGGCCUCGCGCAAUGCAGAGAAUCAGCCUCUCCACUUUUGCUCCACCAAUUGAUGUCGCGUUCGGCUAG